UCAUCGACAAUGCUUCCGAAGCCGAGCCUGAUUUUUACGGUGCCCAGUGUCCAUGAUGGGCUCCCCAUCGACUGCCGUGUCUACCAUCCGCUCUCCCUGGCUGCCGCUCCCAAUGCGCCGCGCUGGCAAAAGCAUGCCGCCGUUGUUGCCCACCCAUAUGCACCGCUAGGAGGCAGCUACGACGAUCCUGUUGUCGACAUUGUUGCAGGCACCCUCCUGCGCCGAGGCUUCCUCGUGGUCACAUUCAACUUCAGAGGAGCCCAGGGCUCUGCUGGCAAAACCUCAUGGACGGCCAAGGCCGAGCGGGCCGACUACAUGUCUGUCGUCGGAUUCGCAAUCCACUACGUGCACUUUCUCGACCCGUUCGGCCGAGGUGCGCCGGCCGGACGCGGGAACGCGAGCCCUGAUGAUGAAAUGGUGGAGGACGAUGGGGGUUUUGGAUCGACAAUAUGUGUCGGUCCACCGACCCCGAGUCCGCCAGACCCGCCCGAACCCACGCCAAUCCUGUUGCUCGGAGGAUAUUCCUACGGUGCCAUGGUUACCUCGCAGCUGCCCUCUGUCGAGACAAUAGCCGCCCUGUUCGAUAUCCCGGAAUGCGGGACACACGCCGCUGAGGUACGGCUGCGCGCACAACACCUUGCCGAGAUGCAGAACACGGUUUUGGCAAGCGCAAGGCAAGCCGCAGCAGACUGUCGGCGCCCACAAUCUCCGCGGAAACACGUUGGGCUGCGCGUUGGGGGGGAUGACGGGCGCCGCAAAAGCUAUGAAUCGCGCCGCUCCCUCUCGAUGGAGUUGGAAGAGACAAUACGGCAUGGAGUUGCAGAGCUUCUGGCGCGGACCAGGAAGGGCCACAAGCGAUCCAGUAGCGGGAAGGGGCAUGCGCCUCGAGGCUCGGAUGGAGUCAGCAGAGAUGCGGGGGUUACGCCUGAGUACCUGCGUCCGAUCUCCGGCCGGAUUUCGUUCCGUCCGGCAUACCUGCUCGUCUCGCCGUUGCAGGGUGUUGUUACGAACCUGGCAACCAUGUCCCUUCCUCCGUCUUUGUCGGGCUUACCCGCAAAGGCGUGGACUCGGUUCUCCGGACGAGCCAAGGGGUCACACCCUCCAGAACCCCGGGAGCCAGCUGUGGUCGCCCAUGCAGUCCCGGUUGAAGCAGAAUACAAGCUCGUUCAGAAUCCCACACUUGCCAUCUACGGCGACCGCGACGGGUUCGUUCCGAUCAAGAAGCUCCGCAACUGGGCAUCUCGACUGGAGGCGAUGCCGGGCUCCGAGUUCCGUGCCCACGAAGUGUCUAGUGCGAACCAUUUCUGGCAACAGCGCAACGUGGCCGCCACUCUCCGCGAAGCAGUCGCCGCAUUUGCAGCAUCUCUAUUG